AUGUCAAUUGUUAAUGUGACGGUAAAAUGGAAGAGUCAUGUGUACAACGAUUUACAACUCGACACGUCUAAGUCGAUCUUGACCUUCAAGGAGAUGUUGUGCACUCUCACCAACGUUCCCCCAGAAAAACAGAAACUGAUGUAUAAAGGCCUCAUCAAAGAUGACACAGAUUUGUCCACGCUAAACAUAAAAAAUAAUGACAAAAUUAUGCUAGUAGGUUCAGCAGAGACUUUAAUAGAAAGGCCAACCCAGGUAGUCUUUGUGGAGGAUCUCUCCAAAGAAGAUAAAGAAAAAAUACACGCAAAAGAAAAUAUCCUUUUUGAAGACCAGGGAAUUGUGAAUUUAGGAAACACCUGCUACUUCAACGCAGUGUUGCAAUUCUUAACCUCCUUUGAUGAUUUAGGGGCUUUCCUUUGCAGCAUAAAAAGAAAGGAAAAACAUUUAUUGAAAUCCGCAAACGAUAUUUUAUUCGAUUCAUAUAUUCACUUUUCUCAAACGUUUGGAAAAUCCCCAGAGCCAUAUGUCCCUCUGGAAUUGUUAAAAUCCUUUAGGGAUGUGUUCCCCAAAUUUAGGACUGUAAAUUUAAGGACGAAACAAUUUGCACAGCAGGAUGCAGAAGAAUGCAUGAACGCCAUUCUCACGUCAUUGAAUGACCAUACCGAUUGUAAAAUUAGUGAUAAGUUGUUUUCGUUUAAGGUGAUCAGCAAGGUUAGGUGCAUAGAACACGAUGCUUCGGGGGGAGAGAAAUCAAGUAAGGAGAAACCUGCAGGGGAUAAUGCACCAAGUGAAAAUCAACCCAUUGCAACCGAAGGGGAGGAAGUAGAAACGACAGAAGAGUUUCACAAUAAACUAAUUUGCUACAUGGGCACACAAACCACCCCUGUUAACCACAUGCAUGAAGGAAUACGAUUGUCUUUGAUUGAAAAAAUCCAAAAGCAACGAUCUGAGGAUAGUAAAGAAGAUGCCCUAUUUGAAAAAAAAUCAGAAAUGAACUCCCUCCCGCCAUAUUUAAUUGUCCACUUUUUACGUUUCGAAUCGAAGAAAAUCUCAGAGGCGAAUAAUACCGUUUCUGUCGUCACGGCCAAAAUAUGCCGAAAGGUCAGUUUUCCAGAAACGUUUGACAUUUAUGAUUUCUGUACAGAUGAACUGAAGACUCAAUUGAAGGUAGCUCGAAAUAUUGUGAUGAAGAGGAAAGAAGCGGACUUGAACGCUCGAGGGGGUACCGAAAGUGUCGGAGGAAACACUGCCACAAGUGAGCAGAAAAACGAGGGAGUGAACGAUAAUAAUGUCAACGAGAGCAUCAACGAAAGCUCCAACGACAACACGAACGGCGUGACGAGCCAUGAGGGAAAGGCUGCGGAAGAGGUGGAUGAUAAGGAUAAGAGCCCAACGGGCGAUUUAACGGAAAUCCCUAUGGGGGAAUAUGAACUCAUUUCAAUAAUCACACACAAGGGGAGAAAUGAAGAAAGUGGUCAUUACAUUGCCUGGAAAAAAAUGAGGAGCUCCAUAGGCGAAGAUAGCAAUACGUACAAGGAAGAACUAACCGGUAAGAAGAAGAAAGGAAAGGAUUCCUUAUGGUAUAAGAUGGAUGAUGAUAAAGUAAGUACGCAUCAAUUUUCUUCGUUUGAUUUAUGUGGAGGCUGCAGUGAUUUUAACAUAGCUAUUUUACUACUGUAUAAGCGAAAGACCCUGUUAUGCACACAGGAGGAGUUGAGCUCGCAUGAGAAAUGA